AGGCUAUUCCUGCGACAGUCGACGAGUUAUUAGCAGCACAACAAACACAAAUACACAAUGGAUGAGGUUGUCUGCUGGCCCGCCGCCUCCUGCACCUCUCCGUCGUCGCCGGCCGCCUUCUCCACGACCGGACAGCACCCGGAGCUGGACUUCGUGUCCAGCGAGCUCUUGGAGCGAUGGUUGGGGUUGGGGAGCGACGACUGCCUGGAUGACGGCGCCGGGUGGGGCGACGAGGGCUCGCGCUCGGCCGGCCAAGACGACGUCGACGACCAGUCCGGUUCCGGCCCCGGCCAACCGCUGGCACCUGCGCCACCGAAGAGGCGUGGCCGGAAGCCCGGGCCCCGGUCCAACGGUCCCGUCAUCAGCCACGUGGAGGCGGAGCGGCAGCGGCGCGACAAGCUCAACCGCCGCUUCUGCGAGCUCCGGGCCGCCGUGCCCACGGUGACCCGGAUGGACAAGGCGUCCCUCCUCGCGGACGCCGCCGCCUACAUCGCCGAGCUGCGCGACCGCGUCGAGCAGCUCGAGGCCGAGGCCAAGCAGGCCGCGACGACCUCCGUCGCCGCGGCCGCCGUCACCUGCAGCGCCACGCUGGUGGCCGGCGUCACCCGGUCUCCGACCUCGUUCGGUGGCUUCCAUGAGAAGCUCGAGGUGCGGAUGGUCGGGAAGGGGGCGGCGGCGCUGCGCCUGACGACGACGACGACCGCGGCGAGCCAUGUCCACGCCCCCGCGCGCUUCAUGCUCGCGCUCCGCUCGCUGGACCUGCCGGUGCAGCACGCGUCCGUGUGCAGGGUGGGCGACGUCACCGUGCAGGACGCCGUCGUCGACGUCCCUGCCGCCGCGCUGCGGAGCGAGCGCGGCCUCCGGGUCGCGUUGCUGCACAGCCUGCAGCGGUUCGCGGCUAGCUAGCAUCGUGGUCGUGGCCCGGCCGCAGGUUUUGCCUGAGAGCUCAAACCAAGCACUCGCCGUGUGCCCGUGUUUCUUGUCGAUGCAUGCAUACUUCUUCUGUCUUCUCUCAUCUCUAAUACAACUUGUUGGUUUGGCUGAUAAGUCAUGACAAAAAAAUUAUUGUAACCGUUUAAUAGUUGACAGGUUCGGCUGAUUGCUCUGCAGGCUGCAGCAGAGCGCAAGGUUA